UUUUUCUUCUGACAUGCCACUUCCAUCACCAAAACUCACCAAACCCAAAAGAGAAUAACGAAGAUCAUUGAAAGAGCACACAGCCAUGACCAAACCCAUCUUCUUCUUCUUUCUCUUUCUAGCUUCUCUCAUCUUUUCGUCCCAUCACUCCUUUCUCACCAUUUGCAAUGCAGCACUUGAGGACUCUGAUGAAGUUGGUGAUGAAACUGCAUUUACUUAUCUUGAAGGAACUGGUAAAGGACCAAAGAAAUGGGGCCAAAUUGACCCACAAUGGAAAGUUUGUGACAACGGAAAAAUGCAAUCUCCAAUUGAUCUUCUUGACCAAAGGGUGCAGGUUUUCCCUAAAUUGGGGAAACUGAAAAGGGAAUACAAACCGGCUCCUGCUAUUGUGAAGAACCGAGGUCAUGACAUCACGAUGAGGUGGAAUGGAGAUGCAGGAAAAACCAAGAUAAAUGGGACUGACUAUAGACUGCUACAAUGUCAUUGGCAUUCACCCUCCGAACACACAUUUAACGGAUCAAGGUAUGCUUUGGAGUUUCAUAUCGUUCAUGUAAGCUCUACCGGAAAGAUUGCUGUUAUUGGAAUUGUGUACAAAUAUGGUCGACCUGAUCCCUUCCUUUCAAAGCUGUUCCACCACAUAAAAUCAGUUGGAAAAGAAGAGGUUGACAUAGGGAUUAUUAAUCCUGGAGAUAUUAAGUUUGGAAGCAGAAAGUACUACAGAUAUAUCGGUUCUCUUACCGUUCCUCCAUGCACUGAGGGUGUAAUUUGGACAAUCGUCAAAAAGGUCAGGACAGUUUCAAGGGAGCAAGUGCGUGCACUACGGGAGGCGGUUCAUGAUGGAUAUGAGGCGAAUGCAAGGCCAACUCAAGAACUGGAUGGAAGACCAGUGUUGUUAUACACUCCAAGGAAUAAUGGAGGUUCUGCUUAAUUAGAGAGAGAGAGAGAGAUGUGUUUUUCUUCUUUACCUAUAUAUAUUGUAUUAUACGUCAGCCCUGUGUCCGUUGGCUUUUGGACCCCCCGUAUGAUCACAUCCACAUGAUCGACAUGCAUUCUUCUCUGGCAAUUUUUUGAAGAAAAACUAUUUUUGCCCCUCCAUUUCUCCUUUUGCACUUCGAUUAUUAUUGUGCGAUUAAGUUUUCCCUAAUGGUAUUUCAGCGAGUGUAAACAAUAUUGAAACUGCACCUUUGUGAAUACUGCAUGCUUUCGAACGGAAGUGUGGUUAUUCGCAAUCUUCAUAUCUGAUACAAUCACAAUUCUGCACUAAGUUGAAACCGCUGAAAUCGGUUGUCCAUAGAUUCCAUACGGUACAUGUAUAAUGCAGGCAAAAUUAUCUGCAACCCAUGGCUUCCUUUUUGUUGGAACCUAAAUUGAUGCUGGUUCCAAGAAUGAAAGGCAGCAAGUGAAGCUCCAAGUGAAGUGUUGCUGUAGAAUCGAAGAAGAAAGAGGAAGGACAAGGGUUUCUAUCCUAACGGCUAGUUUUUUGUUUAAAGCUUUUGGUUUUGUAGUCAAUUUACAAGUGUACACUCUAAAUUAGAUCACUUAAAACCCCAAUGAAGGGCUAGGAUUAAAUGUGGAGAAUGCCAGGUGUAUUUUAUAGUACAAAUUUGUCUCCUAGCAUAUUUAGAGAUAAGUUUGUGAGUUGGCAAUGUACCAAAACCCUACAAACAUUCUCUAUAUAAAUCAAAAUAUGGUUGAUGCAUUUGCAUAGCCUUGUAGCCGUCACAAA